AUGCUGCCGUAUUACACGGCGGAUUGCGACCAGGCGCGGGGGCUGAUGAACACGGCCAUGGGGCCACUGCAGCGCCAGCUCCGGGCCGGCGAGUACGAGAUCUUCCAGUACGCCCCCAUAUUCGAGAGCGACUUCAUACAGAUCAGCAAGCGUGGGGAGGUGGUAGACGUGCACAAUCGUGUCCGAGUGGUCACAGUGGGCGUGGCCUGCACCAGCCCCACCCUCCUGGUGCCCAACGUGCUGCUGCUGGCCCGGCCCGUUGUCCCCUCUGAGGACAGCCGGGGCCACAGGGGCCCCCCUCUCAAGGCACUAGAGCUCACCAGGCUGCUCCCACUGCGGUUUGUGAAGAUCUCGGUGCACGACGGCGAGAUGCUGCAGCUGCGGCUGAAGCUGGCCAGCGGCCGCUCGUUCUACCUGCAGCUCUGCCCCCAGGGCGACGCCCACGACGAGCUCUUCGACAUGUGGGUGCAGAUCAUCCACCUCCUCCGGCCGCCCGCAGAGGGGAGCCCCGAGGGACAGGCCCUGCCCGGAGACCCCGGGGCUUUCGGGGAACCCCUGUUCCGAGGCAUCAGCCAGGACACCACCGGGAGCCUGGAAUCGCUGGCCCUCGAGGAAGGGGGCCCGGAGGCCUUGAGCGUCUGCAGUUGCCGGACCCCCAGCCCCUCCCGGGAUGACCCAGAGAGCUCGCGCAGCCGCACUCCCCCCAGCCUCAGCCCCUCACUGCCCCGCAGGAAGCCCAGCCGGAUCCUGUCGCUGGUGAAGUCUCUGUCCCGCCUCAGCCUGAGCCGCCCCCCCAAGGACAAGAAGAAGAGGCGCUGA